AUGGGACAAGUCGAGUCCAAAAACAGGAAGCAAACAGAAAAAGAAGCCAUCUAUGCCAAAUUGGUGAUGCAUGCAGUUCGGUUGGAGAAGCACAGACCAUGUCAGGGAGGUGGGGAUUUAAGGAAAAAUAAGGGAGGUAAUGUAAACCAUGGAGGAGGUGGAGAUUUCCGAAUAGGUGGAGGGGGAGUAGGAGAUGGAGGAGGUGGAGAUUUGAAGGUAGGAGGAGGGGGAGAAGGAGAUGGAGGAGGUGGAGAUUUGAAGGCAGGAGGAGGGGGCGAAGGAGAUGGAGGAGGUGGAGAUUUAAAGGGAAAGAAAGGAGGCAAUACAAACCAAGGAGGAGGUGGAGAUUUAGGGACAGGAGGAGGGGGUGAAGGAGAUGGAGGAGGCGGAGAUUUAAAGGGAAAGAAAGGAGGCAAUACAAACCAUGGAGGAGGUGGAGAUUUAGGGACAGGAGGAGAGGGAGAAGGAGAUGGAGGAGGUGGAGAUUUGAAGAUAGAUGGAGGAGGCGAGGGGGUGGAGAUGGUGAUGGAACAGGAGAAGUAUAAGGAGGCGAUGGAGAUAUUGAUGAAUCUGGUGAAAUUUUUGGAGCUGGUAUUGGUGAAGGAUGGAGACAGUGAUGGAACUUGUGAAAUUUUUGGAGGGGAUACCAGUGGUGAAGUAUUAGGAGGUGAUGGGAAUAGAAUGGGAGCUGGAGCUGGAGCUGAAGAUAGUGAUGGAACUGGAGGGGAUAGCGGUGGAUAUUUUGUUGGUGGUGGUGGUGGAGGAGGAUAUUUUGUUGGUUGUGACGGUGGUGGUGGUGGAGACUUUUUCUUAUUUGGAGGUGGCGGCGGUGGCGGUGGAGAGUUUUUCUUCUUUGGAGGGGGUGGCGGGGACUCUUUCUUACUUGGAGGUGGUGGUGAUGGUGGUGGCGGCGGAAACCUUUUCUUAGUUGGAGGUGGUGGCGGGGACUUUUUCUUACUUGGAGGUGGUGGUGAUGGUGGUGGCGGCGGAGACCUUUUCUUAGUUGGAGGUGGUGGUGGGGACUUUUUCUUACUUGGAGGUGGUGGUGGUGGUGAUCGUAAUAGUUGA